AUGAUCGUAUCCACAGUUAACAAGGAUCUCAAUUUCACUCCUUUUUCAUCUUUACCUCCAGAAUUACUUAUCGAGAUAUUCUCAACUUGUAGUCUUACAGGUGACUGGCACAUCCCCAUCACACUAUCCAAAGUCUGCUGUUUAUGGAGAGAGUUGAUCAUAUCGUCACCCUCCAUAUGGCAGGUCAUCGUCGUACUAGACUCCAGGCGCUCCAUGUCCUCCAUCCGUACUCAGGCAGAGCUAUGGGUCGCUCGAUCUUCGCCUCUUCCAUUCAAUGUAGUCAUCAAGCUGUCGGAUUUUGAGCGACUGUUACCCAUCAUGUCGUGCUUCCUUCCCAAUCUCGCUCGUUGGAUGCGCUGUACUAUCACUUACGAUGGAAGAAUCAUCGAGACUUCUUUAUCCGAUCUCACACUGUCCUCACCUCGUCGCAUACUACAUCAUCUCGAUAUCCUUCUCAAGACCCCAUUCGAGGACGUCGCAGGGGAUGAUGAAGACGAUAUCAUCUUUUUCCCUUGCGGAAGCACGACAUAUCGUCACAUAUCCAUGAAAGUAGCAACGACCAAACUACCCCACGCAGAAAUAGUCAAUCCCUUAUUAUUCACAUCCCUCGACAUCUCAGAGACCGCAUUCCAACACUCCGUUCGAUCACCAGACCUCCUUCGGUUUCUUGCCCAUUGUCCCAACUUGGAGCACUUGUACUUUCACGGUUUAUCCAACGACGAAGGCACUCUUGACGCACCACCCCCUGCCAUCGCCCUUCUGCGAUUACACACACUCCUCCUUGACGAAAUAUGCAAUCAGCGCAGUAUCCUCUCGCAUCUCUACGUCCCUGCACUGCGAGAGCUCCAUCUACGUCACAUCAACGUAGACUACCCACUCGAACCAUACUAUGUUCCUGAAGAAGGUGACAGCGAUGACGAAUCCCACGACUUCUCACAGUCCCCACACAGCGACCUCCACACCGGCAUGGGCAUCCGCAAACUCUUGUCGCGCUCACGCCCUCCACUCGAGAUCCUAGACAUGGACUUAUCAGAUAUGCGUACCAAAGACUUCCGCUGGGUCUUUGAUAAACUGCCCGACCUGAAACAGUUCUCCAUAGUCGGGUCUGAUAUGUCAGAUUCGGUGGUUUCGCUGUUCAUGCCUUUUACUUUAGGAGAUGGAGAUAGGCAAGAGCGGGACGAGGAGCGUUGGAGCGUGCGGCUGCCCCAGCUUUCUGUUCUCAAGAUGUACAGCUGUCAGCAGCUCUCGGGGGAUGCGCUGGUGAAAGCCUUGAGUGCACGUGUCCAGUACACGGAUCAGGCAACGCCAGACGCUACGCUGGCGACGGUGAUCAUCUCAAGCUGCAAUCAUUUUACUGCGCGUAAUGCUCAAGAGUUAUCUUGGGAUUUGCACGAUCGUCUGCAUGUGUCGUGA